AUGUACUACAAGGGUAGGGAUAAGUCCAAGUGGUGCGAAUUUCAUGAUGAUUACGACCACAAAACAGACGAUUGUAAGGACCUUAAAGACGGGAUUGAAGACCUCGUUAGGCGAGGCUACUUUACUCAGUACCUAUCAAGGAACGAUCGCAAGACUCCUCCAAGGGAGGACGACAAUGGCAAUAGAAGGCCGGUAAAGGACAGGAUCACUGAGAUCCACAUCAUCAGCGGAGGACCAACUAGAGGCGGUAGUAUUCACAGGGUGAAAGCCAGCCUCAAAGAAGUCCGUCAUCAGGUGAACUAUAACACGCCGAAAAUGGCGGCACCCCCAUCUAUGCCGUCUGUAGCUUUUACCUCAGAGGACGCUAAGGGAAUCGUCUAUCCUCACGACGACCCUUUGGUAGUAUCUCUGCAAAUUUCCAAUGCGAUGGUUCACCGUGUUCUAGUGGACGGAGGAAGCUCCGCCAACAUCCUCUACAAAGAGACAUUUGAAAAGAUGGGAUUUGACGAAACAUGUCUGAAACCAGUCUCUUACCCGGUUAUCGGCUUCACAGGAGCAUCUGUGGUCCCAGAAGGGACGGUAAAGCUGGCGGUCAAAAUAGGAGAAGGGUCCCGGUCGAAGGACCUCAUGGUGGAAUUUCUGGUUGUAGACGUCCCGGCGGCGUAUAAUGCCAUCAUUGGGAGGCCCUAA